CGGUGGUCGCUAUUUAGGCAAGAAGUUUUCUACACGAUACAAUAGCUUGAAACGAGCAUUAUAAGCGAGCCAGCCAUUGGACGGAUAUGACUCAGAUCUUAUCUUUUUUACGCCUUUCCUUCGUUACUUUUGAUCGUUGAGUGAAGGUCACUGGACGAGUUACGGCGAUGGUAAAUAGAACCUCUAAGCCGGUUGUAACUUAUUUUAGUCUUUUCCCGGCCUGUAAAAAUCGCCGCUCUACAUGAUAUUACCGACGCACUUCAAACUUUGGAACCGCUGCAGAAAAUUUCGCGCUCAUGCAUCUCAAAUUUUUUCCUUAGAUCUGUGAAUUGACGUACGCUCUCAUAUCGUACAGUUAUUGCAACGGCUGGUGGUCAAUUAAAUAGCUAUGAUAUUUUUGAAAUAUAAUUAUUUCGACUGAAAGAAAUUGAAAUGUGGUAAAUGUUUCUACUUGGUCAGUUAUUCAUAUAAGUAUUAUUAUUAUUAUUAUUGUUAUUAUAUAGGAGAAAUAUAACCUUAUCAAGGAAUAAAAGAUCAAAUUGGUUGAACGCGUAGUCAUUUUCUAUAUUUGUUAUGUCGCCACUGGCGGCAAUGACAGCGCGAAUCGAACGGGGCAAAGUCAUGAUUGAUUUCUUUUAUCGAGAAGGCCCAUAACUGUUCACCAGUCUCGGAUGAUUUAAGAUUCACUGAGAUUUAUUUCCCAGUUUUCCGUCCACCAGAUAAAGUUAACAUGAAUAAGUCUUGCACAGCUAUAGCGGAAGAUGCAAUAGGUCACGUGUUUCAGCUUAUAGAAUGGAUACAGGAAAAAUGAAAUAGAUAACUAAGCCAAAAAUGACUCGUAUUGGCCAGUAGUGCCUGUGACAAGAUAAAGACUAGUUCUGAAUAUAUUAAAGGUAAGAGUAUGAUAAAGAUCGUCGUAUUCCUCUGAUUGAACACUAAACCUAGAGGAAAGAAUGGAGGCUGUGUCUUUCGAACAAAUGGCGUCAGCUGAAAGCCAAAAGUUAACGAGUAGUACGGGUUGUGACUAUCUCGGUUAUAAACCACACAGUUGAGUUAGACCAAUUUCGUCAAGAGCAAAGCACAUACACUUUAUGUAAGGGAAUUCCUAUCUAAUUGCCAGCAUCUGUAACCAACGUACAAGUACUUUUCACCUCUUUCCCCCCUUCGUCCGUCUCUUCCUUCCUCUCUAUAUAUAUAAUGUAUUGGUUGCUAUAUGAUAGGUGUGCUUAUUAGUGUACAUAUAUCAUUAGGUUUCUAGAUGGCAGUGGGUCAGAGUUGUGCCUCUACUAUGACGAGUACUCGUUUAGCUUAUAAACAUGGCUGUGUCCUCAUGAGGGCGACAAUAGCGGCGACAACGAUGAUCGGAAGGGUGGAGGCAAUUCGACCAGCUGUUAUCUAAAUUCUAGUUCAUCCAGCUACUUAGUGAUACUGUUUACAAAUGCUAACGCAGCAGCCGCUGCUGUGGUAGUGGCGUUGGUAACAGUUAUGUACCAUAUAAAUUAACCUGCGCUACGCGGCGGGUUUUCACAGUGCUAUCGGAGUUAUGGUUUUUGUUAUAAUGUCUAUGUCACGGCACGUUGGCUGACUGGCGAUCUCUAAGUGACUUUGCCUGAGCAAGGGCACAUAACCGCGGUUGUUGCCUGCACAGGACCUGCUCAUUGACAGUGUGUCUUUAAAGCGAACGCCAAAGUUCGAAGAUUAGAGGAGGCUCGUAUGAAUGUUGUGCCAAUGGUGGUUAUUGGUGAUUAUUAGCGCAAUCUAAUGGCUGACAAUGAUGGCCUUUGUUGGUUGGACACAAUGGUCAGCCUGUCACUUUUAACUAGCAACGGAUCAUCCAUUGAAUCCUGUCGUCUUGUUCGCGGUAUCUCAAUAUUGUACUCGCAACACAAAAUUCGUAUGUGAUCGACGGCUCUCGUCUUGUUAUCCUUUCUCAUUUGGUUCCUGCCCAUGGUUCUUACUGAUUCUCUUUAGGACGCUAGUUGAAAUCGUAUCUGCUGCCGCGCUGCUAUCCAUCUACGACAGUGUGCUUUUGGGCGUCUCUCGGUAUGGCCGUGCAGAAUCGGCGUUCUUCCCGAUGAUGCAUUUUCAGAAAAAGACUCAUUUGUACAUUUCGACGACGGACAGACACUUAUGAACGACAAAUGAACCGAACAAAAUAGCCAUACCUUCGCCAUCAACGAACGAAAUACGUUUUUAGCUUUCCGCGUAAAAGGCGAUUUACGUUGAGUAUUUUUGUUAAAUGAAAUAACUUAUAUAGAUAUAGGUAACAUAUAAGUUUAAAAAGCGCAGGUUAGAUUCAUUGCUAAAUUAUUCGCCUUCGGUCUUUAACGAAUCUGACCCUGAUGAUCGUUUUGAUCAAAUUCAAUUCGUUGUCCACCUUGCGUGGAUGGUCUCGCCCACAGCCCCGAUUGCCGUCAAAACCUAUCGUUGUCUGCCGUGUCACUGCCUCCUCACCUCUUCAACCCCCUAUCUUUGAAGCGAAAUUUACUAGACAUUCGUUGCUGCUCACCGCGGGCGCCUUGCUUGCCUGCCGUAUACACGUUUUCGUUGUAGUAGCAUCCUUACUAUUGCUCUUGCUGCUGCUGGCGCCGAACGUAUUAGUCCCCGUAGCAUUAUGAGACGACCCCGAAGACAGGUUGAAAGCAAGGUGGUUGUCGCUGCUUCUCUUAGCUCCACUCUACGUCAGCAAAAUGGGCGCUGUUGCGGCAGCAAUAACCGAGGUGGUCAUAAUAGCUAACACUGGAACUACUGCUCGCACGGCGGCGAUAGGGGCAGUACUUUCGAACAUGGCUGCAGCGCGUGACGUCACUCCGCGUGGCGUACGCGCGCGCGUGGACAUGUAUAGCCGGUUGCGGCAGCAUCGACAGCGACUGUGGCGACGUUAGCAAUGUCUCUCGUUGUCGUUGUCGUCAUUGAAGUCGUUAUUGUCGCCGUUUACCGUAGAAUAAAACGUAGUAGUGGCCGUUGUACUAAUAGCAGCAGCAGCAGCAGCUGGAAAGAGUAGCUACGUCAUCGAUAUCGAGCACGUGGGAAAGGUUGGAGAGACGCGCACGGCCGCGGCAGCUCGGCAGGCCUCGUGUCCUCCAUUACUAGUGCGAUUCCGUAGACAAACAGCUAGCACUGCUUCCUUCCUACAGCAGAGCUCUCCGUCAUUCCGAACGAGGAUGGGUACUACGCGGUCAGAUGCUGUUUUGCUGGGAAUUCUUACUACUGGUAAUGUUGUUGUUGUGGGGAAGAAGGUCGGAUGAAGGGGGAGGGAGGAACUGUAUGCGAACCGCGCGUGAGCAAGUGUUUGUAGCUGAAUGAAUGGGGACACUCGAUGGAAAGGAGAAAGGAUCAGAUUAUGGCGCGCAGCCUGCAACUAUUAUGUCGACUAAAGUCUACCAGAAUCGGCUUGAUAGCGGUGGCAAAGAAAUUGGCUGCGUCACGUGCCGCAGUUCCGGUCUAUACCGGCUACUGCUGCCUUGAAAUCACCAAUGUGGACGCUAUCGAAACUCGCGUAACCUGCUGCGGUAAACUAGCGGAUACUGUUCAAGUUCUGAUGCAGACACAUGAAUAGGACCAUAUGUUGUGCGGUACUGUAUUUACUGCCCCUUCUUCAGUCCGUCAGUUAUUGAACCUAUAUUAGCAUGCAAACAUGGUUUUCGUUUUCCCGACGAAGUGUCCUAUUUGUUUAUCGACUAUCCACUAUUUGCAUGAGGCCAGAUAGCUUUGCGCUCUUCAUUGUGCCAGCUCUGUCCUAUAAUAGGACUGUUGUAGUUCUCUAUCAAAUAUUGCAGACGUGAGUUCCUCAUCUUACCUUCAAUUCUGCCGCCUAUUUAUCUAGCCAUGCCAGUCUCUUUUUCUAUUCGGGAGUAACGUCUCCGGCUGUCAGCUCGACACGUAUUAACAGAUGCAUGUUAACCAUGAAUAUCCAGCCCUGCAGUAAGACGUCAGUUACUGUUGUUGUCGUUCUUGUUGCUGCUACUGCUGCUGCUGUGUCUAUCGGUAGCUAAUCUGGACCAGCCUUUGCCUUUUCGUGCGCCCAACCAAUGCUUCCUUUAUGUGAAUGCGGGCGGAACGUUAGACAAAGUCGAGUACAAUGAAACGCACAAAUCAUGUAAGCCUGUAAAGGUAUCGUGCGGCUGUAUCCGCGUCUAUAUAACAAAUGUUCAAUGAAAACCUCUUUUUGGUUGUCGUCUUUGGCGUCCAACUUGCUCGCGCAACUACACAACUUUCUGCCGGUACUCUUGUAUAACUACAAUGAUUAUCUGAUGCUAGUAGUAACAUCAGAGUGAGAGCAGGUGAACUGUAGAGCUUUACUUUCGGCCAAAUUAGAAGGCAAUAUCAACUGCUACUAACUGAAUUGUAGAGAACAACAGAUGCUGUUAUUAUUAUUGUCGUCGUGGGCGACGACAAAGCGCUACUUUAUCCUACUGUAAUCGGUGCUGGCUGUUACUAACACAGCGGCGUUGCUCAUUAAAGUGGGAAGUGAAAUCGGAUUGCAGUGGCAUAAUAAUAAUAAUAAACAUCAUGAUCGUCACCAUCACCGUCACCGUAACAAUCAUCAGUACGAUCGUUCUAAUCGUUCUUUUGCUCCGGCGCAAUUUCAAUGAGAGUGAUGUACGUGACUUUAUUGUGUAGGCAUCAUACAGGCAGAUGGACUUCACGAUACCUUAGCCUAUCGUGAUAGUGAGAUUGACAAAAACAGUUGAUGAAGACGAAUUAAAAGUAACGACGGCGUUAAUGUGUGUGUUUUUUGUGUGUGAUACGAACAAAUUUUCUCAUGUCGUAAAAAUCGGGUCAAGAUGUGAGCCACCUCCUUGGUUCAGGCGCGUCGAGUCCACCUUGGCCAACAACGCCACGACAAUACAACAGCGCCGCCUGGAAUAGGAGUCAACACGCGAUUCUGCGUUUAGUCUAUGUCAUUUUUUGAUGGAAGAUCAUGCACAGAGGUGUCACGAAGUAAACAAUAAUAAGCAUUAACGAACGCUCUGCGCCUUCUGAGAACUGCGGCAGCAGUAAGCAGUGCAACAGGUGUAUGCGUAUAUAUUGGCUCUAUCUUACGUCGCAAGCAGUUCACACGUGACACUCACUCAAUGACGCAGAAACGUAACUCAAUAAAAACACGUCGACAUUAAAAUAAUACGUGACGCCUUACUGAUUUGUGCAGUGCUAGGUGAUAAAGACGAAAUACUUCAGACGUCCUUUGUGGUGACAAUUGAAAUAGAUUUGCAUGGCGGUCGCAAUACUAGACAGUAUCGGAAAACUUCACACAAUUUACGUAGUAGCAGAUUCUUUAUCAUAGAAGUGUUAUAAGUAAAUUAUCUGUCUUAUAGUUGUCUUACUUUAUGCUUAGUGCUCCAUGGUUUAAACCUGUAACUAUAAUAUUGUCGAUUUUGAGUGCUGUACUGAUGUAAAGUACAAUAAGCGGUAGGAAGGUCUUCUAAUCAAUUUUUCUUGUCGAUAUGGAGUUCUUGAAAAAAUAUUUUUCAUUUUGCAGAAGGUUGCGUGAGGCAUAUAUGAUGAGUUCGGCAAAUUCUUGACAACAGUACAAAUUAGAGCUUAUGGUAUGUUAAAGAGAUGUUCAAAAAUACUUAGUUCCCAAAUACUGAUACGUGAAUUUGCGUGCUCUCCACAAACAUAAAUCUUCUAUUAUGUAAGGAAAUUUAAAUAACGGUUGAUGUUCUUGGUAGCCUAAACCUGAUAAACUUGUGAUUAUAGGCCCAUAUUGCUGUCGAGCAGGCGGACGUUUCUUAAAAAUCUCGGUGAGUCAACCGAACGAAACGAGGCACUAAACACAGUAAAGUUCACGACAUAAGGAUCCGACAAUAAAUGAUUUAAUGAUUACUUUUGCAAACUGACUGACUGAAACUCAGUAAGCCUACGAAAUACAUGGUUCUUCUGUUACCGUUGCAGGGGGUUCGUGGUUCUCUAAGUGAAUAGCAUGUUGGUUAGCUAGAGUAACAUAGAUUAUUCUGAUGCUGACAAAAUAGUACUUCACUAACGAAUCCAAAUGCAUUUAGCAACAGUGCCUUCAAAAAGAUGAUAUUGCCUCCUAUCCAACUUUCUCGAAUAAGCAUUUAACGGUACUCCCAGAUCGUAGUUAAAACAGAUGGACGAGCUCCAUAAGAAAAUGUUGAUCGGCUGGCUCCUCGGUGACCUAAAAACUUUUCUUCAUUCUUCAAGACACAAUGGAAGAUUAUAUCAAAACUAUCAUUCGAAAACAAUAUUUAUGUUGACCUGUUCUAACAUGUAGCACACAUGAAAAUAUUAUAGGGAACGUUUGUUUGUGAUGGAAUGACGUCAAGCAACUUGUGGCAAGGGGCAUUGUCAUUUCUCAGGCUCGAAGCGCGCGAAAAUUGAAGUCGCAUCAUUCGUAUAUUAAAUACGUCUCAGUGGCUAAGCACUGACGACGUUCUUAAGCCUCUUAUUGAAUGAUACUUUAUGGAAAACGAUUCUUUGAAUAUUCGCGUACUCAGUUCUUUCACUUAGGUAUCUCUAAUAAUAUAUUAAUCUUUUAAUUUUUAGUUAGGUAACGCAUUGAAUAUAUUAAUCUUACUACUAGAUGUGAACCUUACAGAUCUGAAAUGAAAUUGAGAUUGAGAGCCUGGAUAUAUAAAGGAUACUAGGGCAAAUUUUGUUGCAAGUAGAGGGCGAUAAUCGUAACUCGAAAAUUAUUUCACUGGCGGAUGUAAUCAAGAGAUUGUCUCCAGGUAAUGUUCAAUCUUAUAAGUGCUUACACUCAAAAUAUACGUGGACCUUCAGAAUGCAAUCCUUUUAUAUAGAAUUCUACCAUAGAGCAAGUUAGGAGCGAGAAUAGACCGAAUCGCUGCGAUGUUUAUAAUAAUGGUUCAAUUAUUGUAAGCUUUCUUAGAAGGCAGCAACCCUUUCUCAACGGCGCAUUUUACAGAAAAAUUGUCAUACGUGUAUAAGCUUAGUUUUUUUGGUUCUGUGUGACGAAUAUAUCGUAGUUUUUUCUAGUAGUCGUUGAAAACAUAGUGGAAGGUACACUUCCAUAUAAUUGAUAAAGCCAAUUAUGUGAUGAGAACAACUUUUGAAAAUUUUUAUAUUGUCCAAUCUAUAUUAUCGACGCACUAUAUUUCGCGCUAUUAUUUUUGUUUUAGUAUAUAAUGGUUGUUCCUUAUGCUGUAUUCAAAGAAAUGUUUAAACGUAGUAGCAGCUUUUCGUCAAUUCAUGUAUUACAUCUAAAUAGGUAUGGAGAAUAAACAUAUGCAAGAAAAACCUUAACAUGAAAUACAAAUAUACCGAUAUAAUUCUCGGCAUAGUACUAUGCCAUGUGCAGCAACUAUAUUAUAUCUUGAUGUGUACGACAUGCAAAAGGAUUGCGAUUAUAAGAUAUAUUUCUAUCAAAUAUACUCAGCAUAUUUGAUCCUAUUUAUAAUACUGUUUCUCGAGUCUGAUCGGGAGUAUUCGUUCUGCUGUUGUUUGUCAAGUUUCAACCGCAGUCCUGCUGGAGAUCCGUAAGAUACUACCAUUUGCGGAUUGCAAGGAUCGCAAGAGGUGCGCGUCGCCAGGGGGCUCCGCUCGGGACAACCAGUCCCGCUGCCCCCUCUGGCGUACGCCUUCAAGUAGCCGUAGUAGUUGUUGCAACCCGAAUAGUAGCAAGGGCUGUAGCAACGGCGCCACGGAGAGUAGUCAUCGUAGGAACAGCAACCGAGUUCACGAUCUGACAGGGAUGGCGGUCGGAAACGUCACUGUAGGUGGAGGAAACCACUCGUCAGGGGGUUACCCAACUCCCGGUAGCCAUGAUUCACUUGGAACACAAGCGAAUCCGGCCGUCGCCAUGGGCGUCUCGCGGUUAGUACCGCCUCCACCUCGUGGUGGCCAACUGUUGCGCCUAUCCCAGCUCACAAAAGAAGAACUCGAGAAGUUGCAAGAAGAAUGGCGCUAUCCACUUUAUCUCCCGCGGAAGCUCGAAAAGGAUAUGUACACGGAGACACCUCUAGGAGGGUUAGAAGAUCCAUCCAUGCUUCCUCAGACCUUCCGUCCUAAAGAGAGGAUGCGUACUAAUAGCGUGGCAUUAGUCAUGUGUCUAAAUCUCGGUGUAGAUCCACCUGAUGUCGUCAAAAUCUCUCCGUGUGCCCGCAUGGAAUGUUGGAUAGAUCCAGUAAUUUGUCUAACAAAAAUGACACCACAGAAGGUCCUCGAUCAAAUUGGUUCGACGCUUCAAAAGCAAUACGAAAGAUGGCAACUGCGGGCACGGUAUAAACAAGCAUUAGACCCGACAUUUGAGGAUGUGAAGAAACUCUGCGUCGGCUUACGCAAAGGCGCUAAGGAUGAAAGAGUCCUAUUUCAUUACAAUGGACAUGGAGUACCCAAACCUACUAAUAAUGGCGAAAUCUGGGUCUUCAAUAAGCAAUAUACCCAAUACAUCCCGUUAUCGCUAUACGACCUACAGCAGUGGAUGGGCUCACCUUCAAUAUAUGUUUACGACUGUUCAGGGGCCGGAAUUCUCCUCAGCAAAUUUCAGGCAUGGAGCCAGCAACACCAAAAGGAUUACGAACAACAGCUGCAACAGCAUCAGCAGCUUCAACAACAGCAGCAGCAGCUUCAACAACAGCAAGCACAGCAUUCACAACAACAUCAGUACCCGUCGCAACAUUUGCAACAACAGUUACAUCAGUUAUCUCCACUCCAGCAACAGCACCAGCUUCCGCCACACUCGUCUAUGCAGAAGAAUGUACACAUUAUUCUUCCAUCUUCCUCAACGCAGACGACGGCGGCAGGACCAGCUACGCAGGUGGUAGGAGCGAUGCCAACGUUGCCCCCACCGCCGAAUUUCGAGAAUUGCAUCCAGUUAGCUGCGUGUCGAGAGAAUGAGAUUCUACCUAUGGAUCCUUCACUUCCAGCUGACAUAUUUACUGCCUGUCUGACUACGCCAAUUAACAUGGCUCUCAGAUGUUACGUUCUUAAUAAUUCGUUUAAACUCGUUCCAGGACUUACCUUGGAGACUAUAGAAAAUAUUCCCGGAUCGCUUAUUGAUCGUCGAACUAUGUUGGGUGAACUGAACUGGAUCUUUACCGCAAUCACCGACACAAUAGCCUGGAAUGUAUUGCCAAAAUCCCUAUUUCAGAAGUUGUUUCGUCAGGAUCUUCUCGUUGCGUCAUUGUUCCGAAAUUUCUUACUAGCCGAGCGUGUUAUGCGGAUAUACGAUUGCAAUCCACAGUCUAGCCCAGCGCUCCCGAAAACCUUCCAGCAUCCGAUGUGGCAAGCAUGGGACCUGGCGUUGGACGCCUGUCUCCGACAACUGCCCGACGUCGUAAGUGGUGCGGCGCCAUUCUGUCACUCGACGUUUUUCGCCGAGCAGCUGACAGCAUUCGAGGUGUGGCUGCGUUUUGGAUCGCUAGAUAUUCGGCCAUCACCGCCUGAGCAGCUGCCGAUUGUAUUGCAAGUUCUUUUAAGUCAGGUGCAUCGAACAAGGGCACUUGAGCUACUUGGACAGUUCCUCGAUUUGGGUCCUUGGGCCGUUGCUCAGGCGCUCUCUGUUGGCAUCUUCCCGUACAUCUUGAAGCUGCUGCAAAGUUCUUCGAGAGAGCUUCGUCCGCUAUUAGUAUUUAUUUGGACUAAAAUUCUUGCAGUUGACUGCAGCUACCAGCAGGACCUUGUCCGCGAAAAUUCACACAAAUACUUCCUCGCUAUUCUUCAAGACAGCACGAUGUUAAUGCAGCAUCGCACAAUGGCGGCCUUCAUUUUGUCGUGUUUGUGCGCUAACGGACACCACAAGGGUCAGAAAGCGUGCAUGCAAAAUCAUGUUGUCGCGGCGUGCACGGAACUUCUUUCGGGGGAGCCGCUCACCGAAGGUUUAAAGAAGUGGCUGUGCAUUCUCCUUGGUCGACUAUGGGAUGGCUAUUGUGAUGCUAAAUGGCUAGGCAUUCGAUCAUCAACACAUGAAAGGUUGUCGCCGCUUUUACGAGAUCCUUCGCCGGAAGUUCGCGCUGCAGCUGUAUUCGCUCUAGGGACACUGCUCAAUUCGCAAACACAGCGGACAGAUCAUGCGGAUAAUACUGAUGCUCAUAUUGGGAUGAUGCUCGUUGUGGGAGCGCAGUGGGAUGGGUCGCCACUUGUUCGGUUGGAACUUGUAGCCGCACUUCAAUGGCUAUUGUGUGUAUUCGACUCGCAGUACGUGAGCGCCGCCUGCCAGACGCUGCAGGAAGAAGGUCGCGGCGCUAACAAUAAUAACAAUAGUAUUAGUCACAACAAUAAUAGCCUAGGCAGUCCUAUUCAAAGGCAACACGGCCGCGUCAAAAGUGCCACGCAAUUUUUUGUGACAAGUAUCGUUGACGGAGUUCGCGCAACCCCUCAAAAUUCGCCAGCAGCUGCAACUACUUAUCAGGGUAUCAUUGCUACCGAACAGAAGCUCCGUCGGAUCUCAUCAGGGAAUUCGCUUUCCUCACAAAGUCAGGCUUUGGCAGCUGGGGGCUGUUUAUUGCCAGCAAACACAUUGCAUUCGCAACAUGCUGUUACGUGGAAACUUCUCAAUGCACUUGCGACCGUUGACCCUCAUGAAUCCGUGAGCGAUUGGACUGCAAAACUCGUUCGUAUGUACCGAGAAAAAGCUGAAGCGAUGGUCGCCGCAAGUCAACGACGCCCUUCGAGGGAUCAUCUGCUUCGCGCGAGUCCAACGAGUUCAAAUAUAUCGUCGAGCAAUUUCUCCAGCCAUAUUUCUGCUUCCUCGAACAACUCUAACGCUACUGCCAGUAUGAACACAUUGGCAACGAAUGUGAGCCCCAAUACAACGACGAGUCACUCUGAACCAUCCUCACCAUCAGGGAAAGCCAUCUUUCUACCACGAAAGAACUUUGACAAGGCGCUUCCUCAAUUACGGGAGGACCGUCUGACCGGUUCAGCCAGUGGAGCUUCGGGUAGCGGAACAGACGCACGAGCUCCAGACAGCUCAAUUACUUCAUCGACUACUCUCAAUAAUGGCGAGGUAAAUGGGCCUGGAUCAUCACCAGCGUCUUCUUUAUCCGGCGGCGGUGGUGUUAGCGGAUGUUCCGAAUCGUCUUACCAACUUGUUGCGACGCCGGUUAUAACUACCAGUUUCCUCGACACCCUUACUAAGCAGUUCCAGAAACCCUGUCUUCAAGAAAUCGCAGCAUCGCAGCAACAGCAAACUUUGACAACUUCUGACUCGUCUACUGCUUUGCCAUCCACGAUAAUUUGUUCUACGACGCCGGAAAGCGAUCGAGAUUCACAAGCGUACUCGGCGGGAGAAUUCCGUUUGAUGCGAAAUGCUGGUGUCCGACGGCAUGCAUUGCACACCUUACAUUCGGAAACGUGGCGGGGAGCUAUAGCUCGCGCUGAAGAGCACCAGUUCUCCCGAAAGCCACAGGCGGGAGCGCCUCCGGUUGCUACAUUGUUUCACCCGUUUGAACCGUUGCUAUUUGUCGCUGAUACCCAUCAGGUCACAGUGCUAAACACGGAGCGCAUGGCAGAAGUCGAUGUUCUCGAGCAUCCAACGACGCGAGUCGGAUUUGGUUCUCUCUGUGCGCGAAAUGUUCAACAAGGUAAACUGUCAUCAAUGACACUAGUUAAUGCUCACCAUGAUCGAUGUUUGUUGUUUACAGCUUCCACCGACGGAGCUGUACGCGCCUGGGCGAACACCUACUCGGCAUACUACAACCAAUCACCGACCGAAAGUCCCGAACCGGUGGAAUUAGUAACGGCAUUCAACUGUGCCUUGGAUGCUGCCGAAAUGCAGACGACACUUAAAUGCGCCGGAAUUCUCCUCGAUUGGGAUCAGGCUCGCAAUCAGCUCGUUACUUGUGGAGAUUUAAAGGUUGUCCGCAUUUGGGAUAUGGCAGCUGAACGGCGACUCCUCGACAUCACGCUUGAUGCCGAUUCUCCGGUUAGGUGUGUCUCACUUGAUCGGACUGCUGGCGGAAGUUUGUUGGCUAUAGGCACAAUUGACGGUUAUGUUAAGUUGUACGAUCGGAGAAAGCCACCAGGUGGUAUAUGCCGUCCAGUUCUCAGUACGCGUGAACAUCUUGGACAGGUGGUUGGUGUGCACCUGAACAUGAGCAGACGUAUCCUCAUUUCGGCUUCGGUUUCGGGCCACGUUCGAUAUUGGCAGUUGCCCGGAGGAGGAAGCAACGCAGGUGGAGGGUCUUCGCAGCCUACCGAGGGCUGCCGACAAAGUUCUCUUCCAAAUCAGGAUCUCACCUGCAUGGUCGUGCAUCCGUUCUUCCCAGGAAUACUGGCUUGCGGAACACAGACCGCAAACGUUGUCGUACAGGAGGAAAGUGGACCGGCGCACAUCUUGAAACCUCAUACUGAUUGGUUUUCAGGUCAAAAAACGUCACCCAUAAACGCAAUUGCCUUCCAUCCGUACAAGAUGUGUUUAGCAACGGCUUACCAAGAUAGCACUGUGUCACUGUACCAACGUAGACGAAGCUGAGAAAAGUGGCGAUGCAGCAACACCAGUGCCGAUGCUGAUCCCCUAAAGAGAAAUAUCCCCGGACUGCCGCUAAUUGUAAAGUCACUUGAGCAAAUAACUGGUCCCAAGGAACACUGCAAGUCUAGUCAGAUAAAGAACAGGAAGAUAAAGAAGCUUGCGACCUGCCCUACUAUGAUGCUGUGUUAUUAAAUAAAAUACGAUGAGGUCACACCGACAGGACGGGCAGGGUCGAAUAAUGUUAACUCAUUCGUUCGAUUCACUCGGCGAAAGCAAUAUGGUUAUGGCGCCACACUCAGUUCAAAACACCCAACAAAAACAUAAGGGCAAUAUUAUUUAGGUAAAUUUUUAGAUGUGUGGUCAGUCAGGUCAUCCGCGAGUCAAUACGCGAGACAUCCCUGUCCUUUUCCCUUAUCUUGCGAUUUCUCUUUCUAAUAGAGGAAACAAAACAGAACGCGUCCUCUGUCUUCCUUUGUAUUUACUGAAACAAGAGGAAAAUAGCUACAGAAGCGUCGAUCAGAGGCCGGGCCUUUGGCUUUGACUGAAUAAUGAAAGUAAGAUAGACGCUCGGCACGCGCUCAUUAUACACAAACAAAAACAAUGACAACAAUAUUACCAUAAGAAUAGGAGCGCUUAGUGUAAAUGCGCACCACCUAACUAUGAAUGAAUUGUAUUUAGGACCUUGUGUACAGUAGCAUCCUCGAAACGAGGCCUGAGCAAGACACGAAUGACGUUUAUCUAUUACUAACAAUUGUAAUAUCUAUGGUAUGUUGUCUGUAUUUCUGCCAACGAAUAACCUUGUAAAACAGGGAUGCCACAGAUGAAACAAUAGAAUAAUAGAUACUGCACAUACAACAACAGCAAGGCCCGCGACGACGAAUUAAGGCACAGUUUCAUAAAUACCUCUGUUAUAUACUAAUACGCAAACCACAGCUUGACUAUAUAUAUAUAUAUAUAUAUAUAUAUAUUAUUAGUAAUAAAG